UGGCAAAAUAAUAAACAAGAUGGACUGAUUGCCGCGAUUUGCUAGUUUCACGUAAUUCUACAGCGUUGGUGAUACUGAUUCUUAUCGAGUUUGGAAAUUGUCGCAAGCUGAGCUGAACUGGAGUGUGCCAUCUAUUUCUACGCAUAUUAUAAGAUCGCCUGUUUCUGUCGGCUUCUGUAGAACUAGGUUCGGUUGUUCGCAUUCUGCAGGCAUCUCUCGAGGCCUGCGUACCUACCUAAAUACCUUCCAACUUCGAACAAAUCAGGCCAAGGCCACGCCUCACGAUUGUGCUCUUGGAUGAAAAUCGGCAUCGAUGGCCUGCCUGGAAUCGACGUUUUAUCAGGAUCAUCGUUCGCAGCCAAUGUGUUCAGUGAACGGCUCGGCGGACUGCGUGGACGAGGAGCUGCUGCGGCUGUACGUGCUGUGCGUGGACGCCGACCGGUGUCAGCGCACCCAGCAGCUGCUGGCCGAGGCCUGCGAGCUCGACUGGUUCGGCGUGUACCUGCAAGGCGUGGGCCGGGUCAUGACCUUCCUGCAGUCCGAGCUGCCCGUCACGCAUCACGAGUACAGCCGCGCUGAGCGCGUGCCUCACAUUUGCAGGCGCGUCCGUAAACGGGCACCGCUGGCCGGCCCGGAGGGCAGCGACGACGCCACGCUGACGUCCAGUCUGCUGGCGCUAAGCCUGCUAACCCCGCCGGCCGGCUCUGGUCACUCUCGCCACUCGUCCGUCUCGGCCGGCUCCGACUCGACCUUCAGUUUGUGCAGCAGCUACGACAGCUCCUCCCAGGUGGACGACCCGGACGUGCCGAUGCGCCUGCUGCGCGUGUCCGGAUCGCUGGCGUUCGACGGACCCUGGGCUGACCGCGACGCGCUCGAGGACGGUGUCAGCACCAUUUUGCGCACGCCGCCCAAGGCCAAGUGGCGGCGCAGGAUGCGGCUCAGCCUCGCCUACACCUGCGCCCCGUUCAAGAUCCACAAGAUCUACUACGAGGAGAACACGAAGGCUCGCCGGUCGCUCAACUUCAGCUGAGGUGGCCGUUUCGGCACGCUGGCCCCUCGAGCGUGCACGAAACAUUCUCGUUCGCAUUGGACUUAUGCAGUUCAUUUCUCACCUGUACAUAGGUCACGUUCUUCACUUCACGUUGAUUCUUGUUUCGAUUUUGUAUUGCGUUUAUCUUAUUUAAUAAUAUUUAUUGCAUUUAUUAUGGUAUUUAUUGCGAACCUAUUCUUCUUGAUAUUUAUGGAGUUUUGUCCACUGAUACUAUCGGGGAUGCUUCAGUCUUUUAUUUACGUGCUGCCACAUGUUUGUUAGACUUCUCGCCGGACCAUGUGCGAAGACAAAACGUUGGUCCACUGCUUGCUACUUUCUUCAUCCAUGCUGUCAUCCUUGCAACGUAGUGCAAUAUAGUCGCUUGUACCUUCCGAUGAUUGGGACCUUUGGUUUUCAUUAAACAUUGUUGAUAUUUUUAUUGAUGUGUUGAUUAAAUUGUUUGCAUUUUAUUUCGUGAACAGGUGCUGUAAUACCUAAGUUGUGAUGUCUCUUAUCUUAUUGCGAAAACAGAGAUCCUAGUAAUUAAAUCCGUUCAGACGCUGGCAUCUACUUAGCAUGAACAUGGAAUGAUGUUCUGUCUAGCUCUUCAUAUUUGAAUCGUUUGCGGCUAUGCCGUUGCGAUUAUUCGCGCCUGACUGAGCUAAUUUUCUAGCGGUGAUUAUCACAUUCGUAAAAUACAUAUUUCUAAAAUCUCCGGGUGUUUCUAUGGGAAGCGAUACGUUCCGUUUACGUUCUGUCAAUAUCAUCAUUUUGGUUUCGUCUGCUUUGAGGAGCGCUUGAGAAAAACGUAGCGCCAACAUUGGGUGCCGCUCCACCCGCCAGUCGGCGCGAACGUCAGUUAUAAGCAAGGGUUAUCAGUGACGUGCAGUGACGAGGUGGCGGCAUGCCAGUCACCAUCACCACAUGCAAGGAUGGGCAUCAGACCUUGCUUGCAGA